UCAAAUUCAUAUACGUCAAACGGGUUCAUAGACCUAAGGAAUGAAUAAAGUGGUCGAUUCUCUCUAAAUAAUGUAUGUACCAACAUUCGAUGCCGCUUACUUGUGAGAGACCGUUUUCUCCCGAAUUCCUAAUUGCUUUCUCGCUGCUGAUUGGCUGCCGAGUUCUGACCCUUGCUGGGAUGGACCUGUUGGAUAAAAAGGGAAUUUCUAAAGGGAUAAUAUGCAUUUCAUAGUGAAGAGUGCACUAGGGACCGACCUGUGCAGAGGGAGAUACGAAGCAUCAUCAAAGACACCAUGACAGGCAAAGAAGGGGCCGUGAUAUCGGAGGGUUUAAAUAAGUCUAAAGCGGGCUCGCCCACUGAGAAUGCGAUGCCAACCAGCCACCAGCCGUCGAAAAACAGCACGACCCACACUCCCAGGUGCACAGGAUUCGGAAUCCAGGAGAUUUUAGGCCUGAAUAAAGAGCCCCCCUCGGCGCCGAGGAGCACGCUGGAGUCUCUGCCGCCCGGGGCGCACCUGCUUGCGGCCAGGUCCAUGCUAAGUCCCGCCAGCGUUGGGGUCGGGAUGGGAUUAAUUGGCCCAGGAGGAAUCCCCUCGUUCUACAGCCAACCUGCAUUUUUGGAGGUCCUGUCAGAUGCGCAGAACGUCCACCUGCAGCCCCCUAACAGAACCACUGGUCCGCUGGACGCCAGCCAAUCUGCCAGUUCAGAUUCUGACGAUGUUUCAUCUAGCGAACGAAAAUUAUCGAAGUCUUCGCUGAGCCAAAGCAAGAAACGAAAGAAGAGGAGGCAUCGAACCAUUUUCACGUCUUACCAGCUUGAGGAACUGGAGAAGGCGUUUAACGAAGCACAUUACCCGGAUGUGUACGCCCGAGAAAUGCUGGCCAUGAAGACAGAACUACCUGAGGACAGGAUACAGGUCUGGUUCCAGAACCGUCGGGCCAAGUGGAGGAAGCGGGAGAAGUGCUGGGGCCGCAGCAGCGUGAUGGCGGAGUACGGCCUUUAUGGCGCCAUGGUGCGCCACUCCAUACCUCUGCCUGAGUCCAUACUCAAAUCAGCUAAGGAUGGCAUUAUGGAUUCCUGCGCCCCCUGGCUGCUUGGGAUGCACAAAAAGUCUAUGGAGAGUGUGGCUGCCCUGCCAGCUGGGAAGCCAGAGACCAUCCCGCCUCCCGCCACCCAGAAAGCGGACGAGCGGGAGGCAGAGGGGCGCAUGGCGGAGAGCAAGUCUCCCAUUUCCAAAGAAGAGCUGAGGGAGAACAGCAUCGCGGCUCUUAGGGCUAAAGCACAGGAGCACAGCGCCAAGGUUCUGGGGACAGUGUCGGGGGACGCACCGGGCCGAAAGGUGGAGGCCGAGGUGCUGGACGACAGGUCCAGAGAUGAGAUAAGCCCAGCGGAAGAGGACAAAGGUCAAUAAGACCGGCACCUUUUCGAAGGGAUUGACUGUCUGCUACUUUAAGAGUCCUCGCGAGUGCACCUACACCUACACCUGUGUUCUGGUGCACCCAGACCUAUUGGACUCCCUACCUAUUACAGUUGUACAUGUUCCCAUGUUUAGUUUUUUUUUUUUUUAACAAUCAGGUGUCUCAAAACAGCAAUCUGUCUGUCUUCUCUUUAAAAGAAUGACUCAAUUGCCAGACACAGAAAAGCAAUUCCUGUAAACAAAUCACAUAAACACAUCCUUCAGGAUUCACUUUACAUAUGAUGAGAAAAUUCCAGAGUUCAGGUCCAGAAAGUAAAAAUCCAGAGCUAGACUUUGUGACUGUGACUCGUUAUAGUCAAGUU